AUGCGCAGCAAGCAGCAGAGCCCAGCCCAGCCCAGCCCAGCCCAUCCAGCGCAGCCCACACCAGCCAGCCCAUCCCCCCAUAUGGAUCCAAUGCCGCGACCAGGCACUCGGACGUGGUACAACGCAGGAGCACCCAGCCAGCCACCAGCCAGCCAGCCAGCCAGCCAGCCAGCCACAGAUGAAGAGGAAGGAGCCCAUUGCCCAGCUUUGAUCCCAACAGCAGUCAAGCAGAGAAGAGGAGGCACUCGGACGUGGUACAACGCAGGAGCACCCAGCCAGCCAGCCACAGAUGAAGAGGAAGGAGCCCAUUGCCCAGCUUUGAUCCCAAAAGCAGUCAAGCAGAGAAGAGGAGGGAUGCGCAGCAAGCAGCAGAGCCCAGCCCAGCCCUUCGCAGCCAAGCCCAGGAUCCAGCGCAGCCCACACCAGCCAGCCAAUCCCCCAGAGGAUCCAGUGCCGAUACCAGGCAGCCUAACAGAGAAGCACUCGGACGUGGUACAACGCAGGAGCACCCAGCCAGCCACCAGCCAACCAGCCAGCCAGCCAGCAGAUGAAGAGGAAGGAGCCCAUUGCCCAGCUUUGAUCCCAACAGCAGUCAAGCAGAGAAGAGGAGGCACUCGGACGUGGUACAACGCAGGAGCACCCAGCCAGCCAGCCAGCCAGCCAGCCAGCCAGCCAGCCACAGAUGAAGAGGAAGGAGCCCAUUGCCCAGCUUUGAUCCCAACAGCAGUCAAGCAGAGAAGAGGAGGGAUGCGCAGCAAGCAGCAGAGCCCAGCCCAGCCCUUCGCAGCCAAGCCCAGGAUCCAGCGCAGCCCACACCAGCCAGCCAAUCCCCCCAGAGGAUCCAGUGCCGAUACCAGGCACUCGGACGUGGUACAACGCAGGAGCACCCAGCCAGCCACCAGCCAACCAGCCAGCCAGCCAGCCACAGAUGAAGAGGAAGGAGCCCAUUGCCCAGCUUUGAUCCCAACAGCAGUCAAGCAGAGAAGAGGAGUUGUAUAUUUUCAGGCACUUGGACGUGGUACAACGCAGGAGCACCCAGCCAGCCACCAGCCAACCAGCCAGCCAGCCAGCCAGCCAGCCACAGAUGAAGAGGAAGGAGCCCAUUGCCCAGCUUUGAUCCCAACAGCAGUCAAGCAGAGAAGAGGAGGGAUGCGCAGCAAGCAGCAGAGCCCAGCCCAGCCCUUCGCAGCCCAGCCCAGGAUCCAGCGCAGCCCACACCAGCCAGCCCAUCCCCCCAGAGGAUCCAGUGCCGCGACCAGGCAGCCUAACAGAGAAGCACUCGGACGUGGUACAACGCAGGAGCACCCAGCCAGCCACCAGCCAACCAGCCAGCCAGCCACAGAUGAAGAGGAAGGAGCCCAUUGCCCAGCUUUGAUCCCAAAAGCAGUCAAGCAGAGAAGAGGAGGGUGCGCAGCAAGCAGCAGAGCCCAGCCCAGCCCUUCGCAGCCCAGCCCAGGAUCCAGCGCAGCCCACACCAGCCAGCCCAUCCCACCAGGAGAUCCAGCACUCGGACGUGGUACAACGCAGGAGCACCCAGCCAGCCGCCAGCCAACCAGCCAGCCAGCCACAGAUGAAGAGGAAGGAGCCCAUUGCCCAGCUUUGAUCCCAAAAGCAGUCAAGCAGAGAAGAGGAGGGUGCGCAGCAAGCAGCAGAGCCCAGCCCAGCCCUUCGCAGCCCAGCCCUGGAUCCAGCGCAGCCCACUCCAGCCAGCCCAUCUCACCAGGAGAUCCAGCACUCGGACGUGGUACAACGCAGGAGCACCCAGCCAGCCGCCAGCCAACCAGCCAGCCAGCCACAGAUGAAGAGGAAGGAGCCCAUUGCCCAGCUUUGAUCCCAAAAGCAGUCAAGCAGAGAAGAGGAGGGUGCGCAGCAAGCAGCAGAGCCCAGCCCAGCACUUUGCAGCCCAGCCCUGGAUCCAGCGCAGCCCACACCAGCCAGCCCAUCUCACCAGGAGAUCCAGCACUCGGACGUGGUACAACGCAGGAGCACCCAGCCAGCCGCCAGCCAACCAGCCAGCCAGCCACAGAUGAAGAGGAAGGAGCCCAUUGCCCAGCUUUGAUCCCAAAAGCAGUCAAGCAGAGAAGAGGAGGGUGCGCAGCAAGCAACAGAGCCCAGCCCAGCCCUUCGCAGCCCAGCCCGGAUCCAGCGCAGCCCACUCCAGCCAGCCCAUCUCACCAGGAGAUCCAGUGCCGCGACCAGGCACUCGGACGUGGUACAACGCAGGAGCACCCAGCCAGCCGCCAGCCAACCAGCCAGCCAGCCACAGAUGAAGAGGAAGGAGCCCAUUGCCCAGCUUUGAUCCCAAAAGCAGUCAAGCAGAGAAGAGGAGGGUGCGCAGCAAGCAGCAGAGCCCAGCCCAGCCCUUCGCAGCCCAGCCCUGGAUCCAGCGCAGCCCACUCCAGCCAGCCCAUCUCACCAGGAGAUCCAGUGCCGCGACCAGGCAGCCUAACAGAGAAGCACUCGGACGUGGUACAACGCAGGAGCACCCAGCCAGCCGCCGGCCAGCCAACCAGCCAGCCAGCCACAGAUGAAGAGGAAGGAGCCCAUUGCCCAGCUUUGAUCCCAAAAGCAGUCAAGCAGAGAAGAGGAGGGUGCGCAGCAAGCAGCAGAGCCCAGCCCAGCCCUUCGCAGCCCAGCCCUGGAUCCAGCGCAGCCCACUCCAGCCAGCCCAUCUCACCAGGAGAUCCAGCACUCGGACGUGGUACAACGCAGGAGCACCCAGCCAGCCGCCAGCCAACCAGCCAGCCAGCCACAGAUGAAGAGGAAGGAGCCCAUUGCCCAGCUUUGAUCCCAAAAGCAGUCAAGCAGAGAAGAGGAGGGUGCGCAGCAAGCAGCAGAGCCCAGCCCAGCCCUUCGCAGCCCAGCCCUGGAUCCAGCGCAGCCCACUCCAGCCAGCCCAUCUCACCAGGAGAUCCAGCACUCGGACGUGGUACAACGCAGGAGCACCCAGCCAGCCGCCAGCCAACCAGCCAGCCAGCCACAGAUGAAGAGGAAGGAGCCCAUUGCCCAGCUUUGAUCCCAAAAGCAGUCAAGCAGAGAAGAGGAGGGUGCGCAGCAAGCAGCAGAGCCCAGCCCAGCCCUUCGCAGCCCAGCCCUGGAUCCAGCGCAGCCCACUCCAGCCAGCCCAUCUCACCAGGAGAUCCAGCACUCGGACGUGGUACAACGCAGGAGCACCCAGCCAGCCGCCAGCCAACCAGCCAGCCAGCCACAGAUGAAGAGGAAGGAGCCCCAGCCCCAAAAGCAGUCAAGCAGAGAAGAGGAGGGUGCACAGCAAGCAACAGAGCCCAGCCCAGCCCUUCGCAGCCCAGCCCGGAUCCAGCGCAGCCCACUCCAGCCAGCCCAUCUCACCAGGAGAUCCAGUGCCGCGACCAGGCACUCGGACGUGGUACAACGCAGGAGCACCCAGCCAGCCGCCAGCCAACCAGCCAGCCAGCCACAGAUGAAGAGGAAGGAGCCCAUUGCCCAGCUUUGAUCCCAAAAGCAGUCAAGCAGAGAAGAGGAGGGUGCGCAGCAAGCAGCAGAGCCCAGCCCAGCCCUUCGCAGCCCAGCCCUGGAUCCAGCGCAGCCCACUCCAGCCAGCCCAUCUCACCAGGAGAUCCAGCACUCGGACGUGGUACAACGCAGGAGCACCCAGCCAGCCGCCAACCAACCAGCCAGCCAGCCCAAGAUGAAGAGGAAGGAGCCCAUUGCCCAGCUUUGAUCCCAAAAGCAGUCAAGCAGAGAAGAGGAGGGUGCGCAGCAAGCAGCAGAGCCCAGCCCAGCCCUUCGCAGCCCAGCCCUGGAUCCAGCGCAGCCCACUCCAGCCAGCCCAUCUCACCAGGAGAUCCAGCACUCGGACGUGGUACAACGCAGGAGCACCCAGCCAGCCGCCAGCCAACCAGCCAGCCAGCCACAGAUGAAGAGGAAGGAGCCCAUUGCCCAGCUUUGAUCCCAAAAGCAGUCAAGCAGAGAAGAGGAGGGUGCGCAGCAAGCAGCAGAGCCCAGCCCAGCACUUUGCAGCCCAGCCCGGAUCCAGCGCAGCCCACACCAGCCAGCCCAGCCCACCAGGAGAUCCAGUGCCGCGACCAGGCACUGGGACGUGGUACAACGCAGGAGCACCCAGCCAGCCGCCAGCCAACCAGCCAGCCACAGAUGAAAAGGAAGGAGAACAUUGCCCAGCUUUGUCUAGCGGCUUACAUUUGCCAAGGUGGAACGUCGACCCAUUGA